GACCUGCCAAUCACGGUGUCCUUGCCGCCCACUUCCGCCCAAUUUAGAGGGACUCCAGUCUUCGAUUGUUUAUGUUUCCAGCGCUUUAAUUUGACCUUUUUUCGCGGGUAGCGUGUCUGGCUGUCUGUGAUGCUUGGAGAGAGGCUAGGCAGCAGGGACAGGCCGAUGCUGGAAACAUGACUUCUGAGUAACGCAUAGUUACUUUCUCUGCUCAGUAUGAACAGCGAGGAGGAGUUUUACGACGCUGAGACAGGGCUGGAGUCAGAUGAUUCCUGUGAGGUCAGUUUUAAAGAUGCCCUCGUAUUUGACAGCAAGCAGGUGACUCACGGCAGUGCCACGCAGGAGAAUGGAGUGUGGGCGCGCAGGAAAACCCUGCCUGCUGAGAUGAUCUCCAGAAACAACUUCAGUGUGUGGAGUAUACUGAAGAAAUGCAUCGGCAUGGAGCUGUCCAAAAUAGCAAUGCCAGUUGUAUUUAAUGAGCCGCUGAGCUUUCUCCAGAGAAUCUCGGAGUAUAUGGAACACACUCACCUCAUCCACCAAGCCUGCAGUUUAUCUGACUCCAUAGACCGCAUGCAGGUUGUUGCUGCCUUUGCUGUUUCAUCUGUAGCAUCUCAAUGGGAAAGGACUGGAAAGCCAUUUAAUCCAUUACUCGGGGAGACAUAUGAACUGACAAGAGAGGAAGAGGGAUACAGAUUGAUCUCUGAGCAGGUGAGCCACCACCCUCCUAUCAGUGCCUUCCACGCCCAGUCUCUGAAGCAAGAGUUCGAGUUUCAUGGCUCCAUUUACCCAAAACUUAAGUUCUGGGGCAAAAGUGUGGAGGCUGAGCCUAAAGGCACCAUGACACUGGAGUUGCUAAAACAUAAAGAAGCGUACACAUGGAUGAAUCCAAUGUGCUGUGUGCAUAACAUCAUCUUGGGAAAACUUUGGAUUGAACAAUAUGGAACUGUGGAGAUUGUCAACCACAGUACAGGAGAUAAGUGUGUGCUGAACUUCAAACCAUGUGGGAUGUUUGGAAAAGAGCUGCACAAAGUAGAAGGUCAUAUCCAGGACAAAAGUAAGAAGAAGCGACGAGUGAUUUAUGGAAAGUGGACAGAGUGCAUGUACAGCGUGGACCCCAAGGUUUAUGACGCAUACAAGAAGUCAGACAAGAAGAGCGGGGGCGACUCAAAAAAGCUGAAACAGGAGCAUAGCUUUGAAGGUGAGGAGGCUGACGAGAUGCCAGAGGUUCAAGAGACUGUGACUGUGAUACCAGGAAGUGCCUUACUGUGGAGGAUAACACCGCGGCCCCCUCACUCAGCACAGAUGUAUAACUUCACCAGCUUUGCCAUGACGCUAAAUGAGCUGGAGCCUGGCAUGGAGAGACUACUGGCACCAACAGACUGCCGGCUGAGGCCCGACAUCAAAGCCAUGGAGAAUGGAGACAUAGAUUCAGCAAGUACAGAGAAAGAGCGAUUAGAAGAGAAACAGAGAGCCGCACGCAGAGAACGCUCCAAGGACGAGGAGGACUGGUCGACCAGGUGGUUCCAGCAGGGAACGAACCCUCAUACAGGAGCUGAGGAUUGGCUGUACACAGGUGGAUACUUUGACAGGAAUUACACUGACUGUCCUAACAUUUAUUGACGCAGGAGGUGCUCAGUAUAACGGUCUUCUAUCUGAUAGGAUUCACUUUAUUUCUCUGCAUCUAGGAUUUGUGACAUUAUGAUGGCCAGACACUCGCUGGUACUGUGUGUUUGUUAGAAUCAAUGAAAGCUGAUAUCAGACAGUUUAUCAGAUUAUCUGCAACUGACUGUGAAUGUUGUCUGCAGGAGAAGUGUCAUAUUACGGAGAAUUGUAGAGUUUACCUACUGUAAAUGUUGACAUCAAACAUCUUCAUCUUUAUACGCCCUAAACAUGUAUGUUACUCACCAUUCGAAGGUUUAAAACCAACCACCAGUGUGAUCUCUGGAGUGGUGAACCAGCUGCUGCAGGACACACAGGAUAUAUUUUCAGUUCUAGUUCAGGCACUCAACCAUAACCUUACCUGUAGACGUACCACACACUUCUGUCAAGUUGCAUUCAAAUAUCAGGGGUUAUUUAAACACAUCUGCUACUUUUAUAUAACCUAUUUGGAAAUUAGAUGUCUAUUUUAGUUAGCACUAAAAUGUCACAAGUGUUUCUGUGAAUAGAGACUUACAGUAGAAAUGAAAGCUGCUUAUAACCAUGUUUACUGCCACAGUAAACGGAUAUUGUUGGUACAUUAUAUUGUUGUCCGCUGUAACAUAGAUAAUGUGUAUAAUAAGUGGUGCAUGCAUGGUCACCAAGACGAUUAUUUACACAAGUUAAAGCCAUAAAAACCUUCUCUGCACUGAGUAUAAAUGCUUUCACGUGAAACUUUAAAGCGAAGGGAAACGGAAGGGAUUGGUUGCAGCAGGAGUUUUCAAAGUCUGACACUGGCCGCCUCCCCAGCCUCUUCACACACCACGCACUGUGAAAUUGUUGACCUUUUUUCGUCAACACACAAUAAAUAUCUGUGUAUGAACACACAGAGGAGAGUGACAGGGCUUUAGGAAUAUAAGGGUGGGCGUGAAGGGACUUUUUGAGCCUUUUAUAGAGUCAAAACAUGCUGAACACAAGAAGAAACGUUCAUAAUUAUCAAACAUCUGUCUUUGUUCCUGGUAGCGCUUCAAAUUGAGACUUCUCAGCUUUUAAACAUUUAAAUGAGGAAGUUGGAAUUUCUGGGUGCGUUCAAAUACCCAUAUGAUCAUACUACAUAGUGUGCCAGAAAAAGAUUUGGUAUGUAUACAAACAUGUUAAAUGCAGUAGGCCAAAAACUCCACAACAUCCUCUUACAUCCGGUCACAUUAUGCAGUAUGAAAGCCAGCACGCUUUUCUGGCAGCACAAGAUACGUUACGAUGUCUCGCACAAGUAUGAACAAGCUUGAGCCGCUCAGAGCGCACCGACAGAUGAAGUACUCGGUCCAACUGUAUGCAUACUGCAUGCAACAGUACGUACAGUGUAAGGGCAGCUGCAGUACGUACUGGAAGUCAAAAGACAAAGUAUGCAAGUUUGAACGCAGAGUCUGAGUUUCCAUUUAACGAUCUCCACCUGAACACCCCCCAGUAGUUGAAUUUCCAUCAAGAAAAAGUCACAAAAACCUUACCAACCUUGACCAGUGGCAAAAAAAAAACUGGAGUAAUGUACCAUUUAUUAGCCCAUCUGUCUUCUUUGUGUCUCAUUAAUCAGGCAUACACACAGUACUGUCCAACUUGGAUCAGUGGACAUGCUGCUAGGAUGAAUACCUAGAAAUGCAUCAUCAACUGGCUUUGCUGACAAUGACUAACCUGAAAACAAAGGUUUUACUGAAGAUAUGGGUUUUCUGACUUCUUGUACUGGAACGCCCCCAACUCAGGUGUGGCUUUUUUAUUCACCGAUCUGACUUCUGAGGUAGCAGCAUAGUUGUGCCAUUGAUGCAGUUAGCUUAGUUUGCUUUGGGCUUCAACUUUAGCAAAUGUUUACAUUUUUGCAAAUUAGUGCCAUUAAAAGUAUGCAAAGUUAGUUGUUAGCACUUCAUUUAUUGCAGCAAACCUAUGGACGUACAGGCAACUGUCACUGAAUAAUUUAUCACUGAAAGCAACAUAAAACAUUCCCAGGCAAGUUGUGCAGUUAUGAGUCUUGUUGUUCUGGGAUUUCUAAGGGGAUUCUUGGUUGUUUAAUCCCAAAGAAAUGUGCAAGCCACGCUGAAUCUAAAAAAAUUAUAUUUAUCUGUGUUCACGUUUGACUGAGAAAGGGAAUUACAGCUCACACCCCUCGUCCCUCGGGGAGGCGCGCCCCACAAUAUAAAAACCUCUGCUUUGUGGAGAAAGCUGUGUCAUAUUGACUCCUGAAAGCUGUUUGUCUUCACACAGUAACUCAAGUAAUUUGAGAGUUUCCAGUUUGAGAGUCAUUUUCCAUUAGUCAGAACUGUGUGUUCAGGCACAGUUACAUCAAACACGACAGGACGCUGUAGGCACCAUAAACCUAUGCAAACUGAUCCAUCCAGUCUGCCCUCCUGAAAUGUGAAAAACACUCAGUUCCUCUUUAGCUUGUAGCCUGUCGGUGCUUGAGACGCCACAGAGGCAGCAGUUAAUGAAUGUUGUGUGCUGAUAAUAUAACACUACAGUGGCGGUUGUUGGACAGUAUAGUUUCUUUUUUUGUUUCUGAGCACUAACGUUGCAUAAAGCUGCACAUUUGAACGCUCACAGUCCUAUGCACAUAUAUGUACAGUGAACUAGUCCACAUCAUGUCUUCCCCCGGAUGCUCUUACCUUUACUCUGAAUUCAAAGCACUUUGUGACGCCUGCGGCCGCUCAGAGGUGCAGGUUCUUUCUGAUGGUUCUUCUGAUCUCUUUACCCUCCUUGUCUUUGUCAUUUGAAAAUGUUUACAUUGUAUGUUUGUUGAUCUCCUCGUUUUUUUCCUCUUCAUACUGUAUCCAUACACAACCAUAUGCAUACAAAGCAUAUUUAAGAAAUAAAUUAUGGACUACAAAACUCUG